AAAAUAGUUGGAGAUGGGCCAUUGAGAAUGUUAUAGGCACAAGGCUAUUAACGUAAGUCAGCCGAGGUGCAGAUGAAAUCGGAGUGAGACUUUCGACGGCUUCCCCAGCGGCAACAGCAACAGCUACAACAGCCUCUUCUUAGUUCUGCUUGCAUAUUCUCUGUUUCAUCUCUAUAGUUUGGUUAAGUACCCAUUUAGUUAAGAGCCAUGGACCCAGCUGAGCGCAGGUAUUUGGAGGAUGAAGAUUCACCAGUUGUGAAAACAAUGAAAGGUGCUACUACAGGUUUUGUCACUGGAACUAUUUUUGGAACCAUUGUUGCUACUUGGUAUGAUGUGCCUCGUGUCGAAAGAAGUGUUGCUCUCCCUGGGCUGAUUAGGACCUUGAAGAUGAUGGGUAACUAUGGGGCCACAUUUGCCGCCAUUGGGGGAGUUUACAUUGGUGUUGAGCAGCUCAUGCAGAACUAUAGGAAAAAGAGAGACUUUGUCAAUGGAGCUGUUGGUGGUUUUGUUGCUGGGUCAACUAUUCUUGGUUACAGAGGAAGAAGCAUCUCAACAGCAAUUUCUGCUGGAGCAGCAUUGGCAGUCACAUCUGCUGCUAUUGAUGCUGGAGGUCAGACCACAAGAAUUGACAACGGCAAGGAGUACUACCCAUAUACCACCAAGAAACGAUCUGCAGUUGACUCGUAAUCUAUGGAGGCUGCUGUUGAAGAGGACAUAUUGUCAUUUAAUGGGAGAGAAUGAGUUGCUGUAUUAAAGUAGCUGAAUUUUCAGAGAUGUAAUCAUACUCACUUUUUCUCUCUUUCUAUGCUUUUGGAAUUUAGAGCUCGAGUGUAUGUGUUAAUUUUGAAUAAAUUCUCUUCAUCAUUGCAUACUAAUAAUGUGCGAUAGCUUGAAAUGAGAAAGGUCGAAACAUUUUGAUUGAGAGAACUUAAUUAGCAGUAGAAAAAGGUAUCUUAUAAGUAAUAUGUUUGUUGAACAAAUUCUGGAUAUUUGACUAACAACUCAUUCUCUACA